AUGGAACGCAAAGCUAAUAAUGCGCGAGUUGACCUAGAGCAGAUGUUAGUCGAUGAAACAGCGGAGCCCAUGGCCCUGCCAUUAUCACUUUUGGAAUACAUCACAGAUGAUUUCUCUGGUGAUCGGGAGAUUGGAAGAGGUGGGUUUGCUGUGGUUUAUAAGGGAACCAUUGGUGCUUGGGCGGUCGCCGUGAAGAGGCUGUCCAACGCUUUUAUGGAUGACAAAGAAUUUCAUCGAGAGGUUCAAUGCCUGAUGCGGGUAAAGCACAAAAAUGUAGUUAGAUUUCUGGGAUAUUGUGCCGACAGACAAGGAAGUAUGGAAGCAUACAAUGGCAAACUUGUCAUGGCAGAUGUCCACCAACGGUUGCUUUGCUUCGAGUAUAUACCUAAAGGGAGUCUUGAUAAGUAUAUCAUCGAUGCAUAUCGUGGGUGGCGAACAUGCUAUAAAAUAAUUAAAGGGAUAUGUGAGGGGCUGCAGUUCCUUCAUGAGAAUCGUAUCAUUCACUUGGAUCUGAAACCUGCCAAUAUACUGCUCGAUGAUAGCAUGGUACCGAAAAUUACUGAUUUUGGCCUCUCCAGAUGCUUUGAUGAAAAUCAGAGCCGGGAUAUUACCAAAACUAUAUUAGGAACAAUGGGGUAUUUGGCACCAGAAUUUCGCGAAGGGGGUGUAAUCACACCCAGCGCCGACUUGUAUAGUCUUGGUGUUAUUAUCAUAGAAAUACUGACCGGGCAGAAGGGCUAUCAAGCUACGGAGGAAGUACUUGAAAGUUGGAGUGAUAGAUUGGAGAGAUCACAACGAGACACACUAUGCAAGCAUAUCCGAGUAUGUUACGAGAUAGCUUUAGAGUGUGUUGACUUCAAUCCAAAGAAGAGACCAUGUAGUGCACAAGUUAUAAUGGACAGGCUUCAUGAAAUGGAGAGUAUCGAGAUGUAG